UGAUUCUAUGUUAGUUGGCACAUACUAACGUGGGGAUUUAGGGCUUGUGUAUACAGUGUGGCCCUGAAAAUUCCCCAGGGUGUGUUAAUGUAGCAGUAGACAAACCCUCAUGCAGUGACCGUAAAAAACCCAACAAGUUAGGUAUGUUCGUCUCCCUAGAGUGUCAUUCGUAGAAGCCACUGAAUGAAAUGCAAGUUAAUGAAUAACACAGUAGAGUUUCAUUCUCCCCUGUGAUAGAAAAAAGAGCCAUCUCAUUCUUGGACGUGCUUGAGAGCCAGCCAAGUAAAAACUUACUCAUGCUUCCAGUGCUCAAACAGCUGUGCUCCGGUUGCAUUCGCAGGGCCAGCCAAUCAGCAGGGUGCACAAAGCUGCACUGGUGUCGGUUUUCAGAAGGAAGGGGAAUGCACAGAAGCGUGGCUCCGGGUGGCAUACGAGAGAGGGAACGGAGCCGUCUGUAGUGAAAGAGGAAGGGUUGUAGCAAAAGGUCAUACCUCUGAAAGUUUUAGCAAAGAAUAGUGCCACUUUUAAAGACUUGCAUCUGACAAAGUGGGUCUUUGCCCACGAAAGCUUAUGCUCCAGUACAUCUGUUAGUCUCUAAGGUGCUACAGGACUUCUUGUCGCUUUUAAAGACUGUUAUUCGAUCACGAUUUUUAUCAUGUUAGGAGGCAAACAGUAAAAGCGGAUCCCAAAUCCACCCGCAAAAUGUCCAGUCUUUUUCAUAAUACUACAACCUGCCUACAUACUCUGUUUUCACCAGCAGCCGAAGAGAGACGUUUUUAUCUCAGCUCCCGUUUUCAGAGAAGUUGGAGCUUGACGUGUCAGAAACACAACAUCUGAAACUUGCUGGUUCAAAGAAGACUCAUUUGAUACAUAUUACUAUUUGCUUCGAGGGCAAGGUGUUUCUUCUCAAAGCAGUCUACAGCUUGAUGGAAGAUGUGGCGCCUUUAAGCUUUGACCAUUACGGGAGGAAGAGCCUCAAAGUAUUGUGAGCAGAGACGAGGAUUUUCUCCUCCGGGCCUGGGCCUGUCAUGGAUGAAGAGACUCAGCACAGCCUUGAAUGCAUUCAGGCUAAUCAGAUCUUCCCAAGGAAGCAGCUGAUCCGAGAGGAUGAAAAUCUUCAGGUCCCCUUCCCUGAGCUUCAUGGCGAGAGCACGGAGUAUGUGGGACGCGCCGAGGAUGCCGUUAUUGCACUUUCUAAUUAUCGACUGCACAUCAAGUUCAAGGAAUCCGUGGUGAACGUUCCGUUGCAGCUUAUAGAAAGCGUUGAAUGCCCAGAAAUAUUUCAGCUUCAUUUGACUUGCAAAGACUGCAAAGUGAUCAGGUGUCAGUUUUCGACCUUUGAGCAGUGUCAAGAGUGGCUUAAGCGGCUGAACAAUGCCAUUCGCCCUCCUUCGAAGAUAGAGGACCUUUUCUCCUUUGCAUACCACGCGUGGUGUAUGGAGGUGUAUGCCAGCGAGAAAGAACAGCACGGUGUUUUGUGCCGGCCAGGGGAGCAUGUAACAUCGAGGUUUAAAAAUGAAGUUGAACGGAUGGGAUUUGAUAUGAACAAUGCCUGGAGGAUAUCCAACAUCAACGAGAAAUACAAGCUCUGUGGCAGCUACCCUCAGGAGCUCAUCGUUCCUGCCUGGAUCACCGACAAGGAACUGGAGAGCGUGGCCAGCUUUCGGUCCUGGAAGCGUAUCCCGGCUGUGGUUUAUAGGCACUGGAGUAAUGGAGCCGUAAUUUCCCGUUGUGGACAGCCGGAGGUCAGCUGGUGGGGCUGGAGAAAUGCAGACGACGAACAUCUCGUCCAGUCCGUGGCCAAAGCAUGUGCCUCAGACUCCAGGUCCAAAAGCAGCAAACUAAUGAACGGAACCUGUUCCAGAGACUCCUCCAAUGGAGGGGAUCUCUCCAACGUGGACUUUGAUUCCUCAAUUUCGAACGCUUCGGGAAUGGAAAGUUUGACCAUCCAACCGCAAAAGCUUUUGAUCUUGGAUGCACGUUCUUACGCCGCGGCGGUGGCCAACCGGGCCAAAGGGGGAGGCUGUGAGUGUCCUGAGUAUUAUCCAAAUUGCGAAGUGGUGUUUAUGGGCAUGGCAAACAUCCAUUCCAUCCGGAAGAGUUUUCAGUCGCUACGCUUGCUGUGCACGCAAAUGCCAGACCCAGGAAAUUGGCUGUCCGCGCUGGAAAGCACCAAAUGGCUGCAGCACUUGUCUGUGCUUCUGAAGUCUGCCCUGUUGGUCGUGCAUGCGGUAGACAGAGACCAGCGACCGGUCCUGGUGCACUGCUCGGAUGGCUGGGAUCGAACCCCACAGAUAGUGGCGCUUUCCAAACUGCUGCUAGAUCCAUAUUACAGGACCAUAGAGGGUUUCCAGGUUCUAGUGGAGAUGGAAUGGCUGGAUUUUGGCCACAAGUUUGCAGAUCGCUGCGGCCAUGGGGAGACUUCGGAAGACCUCAAUGAGCGCUGCCCAGUAUUUUUACAGUGGCUGGACUGUGUCCAUCAGCUCCAGAGGCAGUUCCCUUGCUCUUUCGAGUUUAAUGAAGCAUUCCUUGUCAAAUUAGUGCAACACACCUAUUCUUGCCUCUUUGGUACAUUCCUGUGCAACAACGCGAAGGAGAGAGGAGAAAAGCACACUCAGGAAAGGACCUGUUCCGUCUGGUCUCUGCUGCGGGCAGCAAACAAAGCCUUUAAAAACCUGCUGUACUCCUCCCAAUCGGAAACGGUGCUGUAUCCAGUAUGUCACGUGCGUAAUUUAAUGCUCUGGAGUGCUGUUUACCUGCCAUGUUCUUCCCCCUCCACUCCUGCCGACGACACCUGUGCCCCUUAUCCUGUUCCAGGCUCCAAUCCUGAAGAUCAGUCUCUGGGCAGGCUACCAAAGACAAGAUCGUUCGACAAUCUGACCACAGCCUGCGACAGCAACGUGCCUACCGCGAACCGACGCAGCAGCGACCCUAGCCUCAACGAAAAGUGGCAGGAGCACAGAAGGUGGCUGGAGCUGAGCAGCCUGGGCAGCCCCGGUGAGGACAAAGCCGGCAGGGCUCUGGUGGGGGCAGAGCUUUCCGUCGCAGCCGGCGUGGCCGAGGGACAAAUGGAGAACAUUUUGCAAGAGGCCACGAAAGAGGAUGUUGGUCUGGAGGAGCUCUUGAGGGGCACGUUGGAGACAAUGGGCAAAGAGGAAGAAGAAAUUAUCCUGGGCAAGGAGACCAGAACUGAAAAUCUUGAUGGGUAUAUCGAUGGCCACUGUGAAAAGACGGAGGUGGAUACAGACACUUUAAUAAACAAUCCAGUGUCCAAGCCACAUCCAGUUUCACAAGGUGUUUCAGAGCUGAAAGGACAAGAGGAGGAGCCUGUGGACAUAGGUCACGCUGGCCAGACGUUCCCUCUGGCGAAAGAACUCCACUCUGUCCCCUUGGAGAGGACUGUCAGUCGGGUGGAGGACGUGGAAGAAGAGAUUAGUAGGCGUCACGUAGAAACAGAGAGCCCUUUUAGCACCCCAGAGCCCAGCCUGAUCCACCAUGAAGUGAAAACGUCCAACGUGGACAGUUCUACCGAAACCCUCACAGAGCAUGGAGCAAAGCAAGAGCUGAUGGAGAGAGACCCUGGCCCCGGAUUUCACGGGGUGGACAAUGGUGUGGAGGCGCUUUCUCAAACGUCCGAAAACAAACCCGACGGGGACACCAUGGUAGAGCGACACAGAAUGGGAACGAAAGUAAACAGGACUUCUAAUGGCAACCACACCCGCAGCUCAACGCCUUCCCCUAGUGCCUUGCCUUUCGCCGAAUGUAACGAUGAGAUUGUGUGUAACGGGGAGCUGGAAACUGAGAACAAAGUGACAGAGAAACCUCCAGGGUUUAGUAUUACCCCGAAAUACCCUGCGACCAAUGGACACUGUAUGAACGGAGAAGAUGAGCGGAUCAAAGUCUCUCUGAGCCGGCAGAUCUCGGCAGCUAGUUGUAGUUCAGCUCAGUUUCACUUGAGGAACGUGCCCCAUAAGUGGGCGCAUGGCCAUUCUGGGAAGCAACCGACCGCCAGCAGCCCAGAUCAGCCCGCCCGGAGCCACCUGGACGAUGAUGGGAUGCCGGUCUACACCGACGUUAUCCAGCAGCGCCUGCGGCAGAUCGAAACGGGGCACCUGCAGGAGGUGGAAAUAUUGAAGAAGCAAGUGCAGGAGCUGAAGAGCCGGUUGGAGAGCCAGAACCUAAAUAGCUCGCUCCGUUUCAACGGCGACUAUGGGGAUGACGUGACCUCAAAUCCCGACUCGGAAAGCAAUCUGGAUCAGAACUGCUUGUCUCGCUGCAGCACAGAGAUUUUCUCUGAAGCCAGCUGGGAGCAGGUGGAUAAACAGGACACCGAGAUGACCCGAUGGCUUCCAGACCACCUCGCGGCACACUGCUAUGGCUGCGACAGUACCUUCUGGCUGGCCAGCAGGAAGCACCACUGCAGGAAUUGUGGGAAUGUGUUUUGCUCCACUUGCUGUAACCAGAAAGUGCCCGUUCCUAGUCAACAGCUCUUCGAACCCAGCCGAGUCUGCACCUCCUGCUACAGCAGCCUGCACCCCAAUGGCUCCAGCCUGGACCUCGAACGGGAGAAACCCAUCGCCGCCUCGUCCAAUUGAAGCACCAGCCCAGAAGGAAGCGGGGACAGAGACCACGCCGCCACGUCUCCGAAAUGGGCACGCUUGGUGGGCAGAGGCUGGGGGGACAGGAGAAGCCAUGCCCUUGGGCGCUUGGGCCCUGAGUCACGGCGGAGAGGCACAGAGCUCUAGGACAUACCAUUGGCUUGUGGAGUUCUUGUUCAACUUCCUCCCCCUUUCCUUUCUGUCGUGUUGGGUGUGUGUGUGGGGGGGGUGGUUUUUAUGGAAGACUAUAGAAGUGGGGGAGGGUGCUGGGCCAGAACCGGCUCUCCCUAGUGCUUCUCGCUGCCCCCCACCCUCAUUGAACUGUGGCGCAGACAACCGUUUCGAUGGAAUGGAGGACUUCACCCACCCACAGCGCGUGGCUCGCGUAUCUCUGUAGCGUUACGUGCUAGCGCUUUCAGUCACUCCUCUGACUUCCAAACGCAAACGUGCCGUUUGGGAAAUUUGCUGCUAGAAACCACGGGCAGGGUGUUCUUUCCCGAAAGCCACGCCCCCCUCUGUCCCGAGCGUGGGUUUCGCUCGCCUCGCGGCAUGGAAAGGGCCUCAGUCACCGAUGUCCACCCUCAGCGGCUCUGUAGUUGAUCUAUGUUUUGUCGCCGUUAGCCAAGCGGAAACACCCGGACAGCUUGGAAGGGUAUUGACGGGCUUGACAGUGGUGCUUCUGUAAACGCAACUCCGUAAAAAGAGAGCAACGUGUGGAGAAAUUAGAACCUUUAAAACUACUUCCCCAGUCCCGUUUUUUAAUACAGAUUGCAGAGCCGACGGACUGUUAAGGCCCUUGCUGUGGUGCAUCCAAACCUACGCCGAGUGUCAGACCGAUCCUCAAACUCACACUUUAACGAGAGACUUCCAAACAACUGGAAAAUGAGCAAAUUGGGGCUGCUAGGCGGGGAAAAGAAAUAGAUCGAUGCUUGUGAUAGUUGCGGGUCACGUCCUCUCUUUCAGUCUGUGCUCCGUAGACUCCCGAGGUGAAACCACCACUCAAGCAUCUCAAGAACCAAAACAAAUCUUGCCUUUCCCUCCCCCCCACCCCCGUGAAUUUGAAAGCAACUUUUUAAAUCCCCUCUUUAAAUUGUGAGUCUUUGGAACGUAUUUCUUAAUGAGAACGUUCGAUACCCACAAAGCCCUUUUCCUUUCACGGCUGGACGCAGUUGGAAGAAGGAAAAUCUAUUGUAAUGUCCCGUUUUACAGUCUGUGAUCGCUUUUACUUCUGACGCGCUCACGUGGAACAAACUCGCUUGGAGGACGUAAAAGUUUUCGACUGUAAAUGUGCAAGGAGUUAUAAUGGCUCUUGAGCUUGAGGGGUACUUGCCUUCAGUGGACCAUCAAAAUGACACCUCUUCGAGUGAACUUUAUAAGGAGAGAAGCGUCUCUGAACAGCCGAUAGAACCUUAGGGGGAAAGACGUGUUUUAUUCUCGGUAUCACGCCGCUUGGGAAAGGUUCAUACGCUGCUGUAGGGUCAGCUGACGAUCGACGCAAUGGAAAUGAAUGUUCCAAGGGGCUGACGCAGAACAGUGACCGUGCUGUUGUGUGUGUUUCGAAACACGUGGCAAUCAUCGAGGGGGGAGGCGGGGAGGAAAGCAAAGCCGUUGGCGUUUUAUCGCGAAUGAAUUCUGCUCGGGGAAAAUGCAGCAAACAUCCAGACGAAACCGGCUGUCGCGGUUACAGUGCCGGGUACAGCCGAGGAAGUCGGAACAGAAACCGUUGCGACGGCUUGUGGGCGUGGGGUCGUUCUGCACACCCACGGGGUGCAGUUUUGGGGUGCAAAGCGUCUGGGAUUCUGCAGUUUCUAUUGACAGGUGCCAAGAGGUUCUGAUACGGGUUUUUUGGGUAUGUGACAUACAGUGUGAAUAAACGCUUGCAACUCUUAGUCUUUUUUGAUCAAUGAAGCACUUUUUUAUUAAUAUUAUUUUUCUUUGUAUGUAAAGGGGGAACUGAUUUCUCUCCAUAGCUGUAUAUAUAACCCUUCUCUCCUAAGGAGGAGUUAAAAGUGCUCCUAUAUUUUUCAUUUUUGUCAAAGCGAGGAGUAAAUACUUUAGAAUUGUUAAAUAUAUAAAUAAAAGUGAAUAAAGUUUAGCAUUUUGCCUGGGCGCCUUUGCUAAUACACGUCCCUCGUUUAUUUUUCUUUCCUGUCCUUCGUAGGGGAAAUGUUUGAGGUCCACUAGAAACACCAAAAGCUUUCGUAAACCUCCUGCUUUCUUUUUCACUGAGAGUCUUUGCAAGGAACACACCAGUGUUUCUACCCACUUGCUGUGACAUUUACCGCCUGACAAUGCCGUAGUUCUUUGUCGAGCGAUUGCCCCAUCGUCAGAAGCUUUCCCCCUCGCGAGCGGUACCCGUUGGGUCAGCUGUGGAGCCUCCUGGAGCGGCACCUUCAUGGCACAACAAGAUAUACGACUCUGCCAACCCGCUGCCAUC